UAUUGCUGCCAACGUCCCCUCCAAAAACAAAACGUCCAUCUACUCCCAACAUACAUACGGCGUCCACAUACAGGCAUAGACACUAGCCUUCUCUAACUUCUUCCUCCUGCAAAAACUACCUCCCUUCGCAAGGACGCAUCAUCGCUUGAUAUGGCUGGUUCAACGAAAGGCCCUAGCCUAACAGCAUGGCUCGGCGUCAAGCCAGAAGAGCGGCAGAAGAGCGGCGGGGAAGACGGGGAGGCAACGCCGAGGAAUGGUCAACCAGGAAAGGCAAGCAAACGAGCUAGUUCGCCAGGUCGCCCUGUGCAGGCAAGGUCACAGCCCACGGUGGUCAUCGAGGUGCCAUCCUCCAAAGCCGCUUCAUCUACAUCCAAGAAAAGGAAUCAUCCAGGUCUGCCAUCAGAAAGCUCCUUAUUGUCCAAAAAGCCUGCUAUCUCCGUCGAACCUCCGGUCAAAGUGCAGACCACCGCGAACGGCUUAUCCAAGGGCACAGCGACCUCGAAAGAGAGCUCUGCCAAAAAAGCAAAGCGAGUACCACUGGGACAGACUGCUCAGAAGCGGAAAAGCUUGGAUGUUCGCGUCGAGGACAAGAGAUACAAGAAACAAAUGAGAUUGAGCUUCGGGGAUCAGAAAACUGAGUCUGCCACGGAUAAUGUGGAGCCUAUGGACGUGAAUGAGCCUGAGACUGGCAAGAAAGAACACAAGGGAAAGUCGAAGAAGAGAGCAUCCGCGGGCAAGAGCGCGAAAGCGUCUGCCUCUUCUUCGGUAGCACCUGAACGCACUGGGAAAAUGGAAGGAAAGGGAUUCAAACAGGGACACCUAGCCUUCGCGGUAAAGCCAGUUGACCCCUCGUCUGCGGUGGCAGGCUCAUCCUCGUCUGCUUCAAAGUCAAUCGAGGUGCAUAUUCCGACGAAGCCGAUGAUCCUCGGCAAGAAACCGAAAAAGACCAUGGAGGAUCUUGCGCCAGAAAUGCUGCCGUUUAGUCACGACCUGCCGAAGAUGAAGGAAUGCCCCGAGUCUUCAGGCGACAUCCUCGAGUGGAGACGGUUGAAUAUCGCUGAGAGCAUGUCGUUCGCUGUCGUUGUCAAGUUUAUGAAGACGUUUGCGGUCGAAUAUCUCGAGCUCACCCCCGAUACCGGAUUGGAAUAUGAGCUGGACGCAUUUGAACGCUACAUCGGUGAAGGUUCACAGUAUAUUAAAGAACUGACUAUUAUCUAUACCAGCCUUUACAGCGCCGUUUUGUGGAGCACUUCGGCUUGGGAUCUCACGAUCGGUUACCGCAUAGGACGCUUAUUGGCAUCCGAACCAUCUCAGCAAAGACUAGGCGGCGCCUUUUUGUCAACGCCGCUCUCGCAUCUGCCACCCCCUGCUCACGCCGCAUGCCUUCACUACCUUGUGGGCAGAGUCCUGAGUAGCGAAGAAUUCAGGAACAAAAUUCGGGAGAGCCAGGAUCGGCUGCAAGAAAUGCGAACCUCAAAAUGGUCGAUUGCAUGUGAGAAGAAACAAAUGAAAGAGGAGCACGAGAAGCUAGAGGCCACUGCCCAGGCUACUCAAGCGGAAAUCGAUAAGAUUGAGAAGGAGUUGGAGGAGUUGAAAAAGCCAGAGGCCUCGGAUAACGCCUCGGAAGACGACAGCGUAACCGACGAGCUGGAGGGAGCGGGGAAGACACGGGCAUUGAAGCGCUUGGUUUCGCGAGAUCGGCUCGCAUACAAGCAGAGAGAAAUCAAGUCGUUGAGGGGAAGGCAGAUCUUCUUGGUUCGCGAGGCCACGACCAUUGGGAAUAAGAUUACUAAGCUGGAGAAGAAGUAUGCUGCUCAUGAACAGGAGGAGAAAACCUGGGAUGCGCGGUACCAUGCAUUGGAGGAGCUUGUGCGGGCAAGAAACUGCAAGUUGGGAGAAGACCGGUUUGGCCGGCACUACUGGUUGCUCCCGAUUAGAUCGGUCCCACCGCCAUCUGCUUCCCCACCUCAGGAUGGGGAGACAGAGAUACCCACGCCCGAAAAGAUUUUGGCCACGAGAGCAUUACAGGUAGUCGCCGCCGCAAACGAGCCAGGAGGCAACCCGGCCGUCUACGGCAUCAUCGUCGAGGCGCUCAAGUACACAUAUUCCGACGCACGUCUCCCACCCCCAGCGCCUUCCAAAGUAGAUCGCAAGGGCAAAGGCAAAGCACCAGCCAACGGAGAACAGGCCGACGACUAUUAUACCCCGCCGAACAACGAAGCCAAACGGGCCAUGCGUGUCGAGUCUUCCAGCCGCUUUUGGUACCUGGAUAGUUUGGCCUCGAUUUCCAAGUUGUUCCGUGCGUGCAACGAUCGCGGUGCACGGGAGCGAGAGUUGAGGCAUGCGUUGACUGCUUCUUUGGCGGAGAUUGGAUGUAAACUCCCAGGGUCGUCGCACCAAGCUAUCCAGGUAGUCUUUGCCGGAUUUGAGAAUUGGAUGCAGAAACGAGGGGAGGCCCUCAUGGAGCUGGCGGCAAAUGAUGAGAUGACGUCGGAGUCGCUGAGCCAACUGCGCGAGAAGGUCAAGGAAGUGGGAACAGCUUUGAAGAUCAAAGAUUCUGCGGCUUCAAUCGACGCAAUCAAGCCGACUCGCGAACAAGACGAGCUGGCGGCGUUCAAAACACUGCUUGCCACUUGGGCUGCUCAGCAUGAGCAAGCACUGAUUCCCGUCGAUCAAGACAGCUACGCGGACAUAGAGCACGUCGAAAACCUGGGAGGCGUGGUGAGCCUGAUAGCCUGGUGUGAGGACGCUCUUAUCAUACUACGACCCGUACCACCCCCCGAGUCCGACCCGAAGCAAGAGAAUGGAAAGUCUCAAUCUGACGAAAAAAUACGCAAGGGAAAGCAUAUCAGCCGCGAACUCCGCGCACUGCAACUCUCCACCCGCGCCCACCCCGUCUCCGACUCGGACACAGACGCCCAGCACUCCCGUCGCCGCAACGCAGAUGACGACGGGGACGACCACGAGCACGAGAACCGUGAUCCGUCCAGUACCCAUCGCACGCGAUCCGGUCGCUGUGUGCGCGAAACUCCCCAUAUUACCCAACAGAUCUCCGAGGCGGAUUUCGAUGCGCUGUUGAGAGAGGUGGAGGGUGAGGAGCAGGAUUCUGUCAAGACGAAGAAGGCUCGCGGCGCGGAGGGAUCGUCAGGUGGGCCCAUCGUUACCCGCUCCGGGCGGUUGUCGAAGAAAGGUGGGAUGCAUCCAUCUCCUGCUAGCGAUGGACAAGCUGCGCCGGAUCGUAGGCGGGGUGGCUCGGAUCAGGAUGAGGAGGAGGAGGAGGCCGGUGAGGAUGAUUUGACGCGUGAUGAGGGACAGGGAGGUGCGAGGUUGUCUGCGUUGAAUAAGAAGGGCGGGACGAAGAAUGGCUCGUCGAAGGAGAAGGUUGGCGCGCUGUUUACCCCUGAAUUGACUGACGAGGAUGAAGACAAUGAGGAGGCCGCCAACGAUUCGUCUGAGUCCAGCUCACUCUCUGACCCGGAAGUUGAUGAUCCUAGCGACAGCGUAGUGAGCGGUGAUGCGACGGACGAAGAGGAACAGGCAUCUGAAUCGGAGGUGGAGGAAAACGAGGACGAGGCGGAGUUCACUACCGAAGAGCAGCAGCGGAGCGACGAUGAUGGUGAUGAAGAGGAGGAGGAGCCGGGCAGCGAUUAUGGCAGUGGGUACGAUUCGGAGGGUGGCGAGGCUAUCCGUGCUUCGCGUCAGUCCAAGCGGGUGAAGACGGCAGAGCCAGCAGCAACCCCCUCGCGACCGACCCGCCAGGCGGCGAAAAGCUGGAGCGGUCGGAGAUAAAAUCUGGACACCCUCUUUGCGAGAUCUCGAAUGUGCAUUGGGAGACCGAAGCGUAGGGAUUUUCGGUAUGAUAAGGGAGGAGACUAGAGUGUACAUAGCGUGGGAAUUUCUGUAUGAUAAAUGCUUGUGCGUAAGAAUGAAGGAAUGGGUGAAACGAAGGUCACACUGGACUUGGAGAGUUGCCCCCCUACCACCUGACAAGACACAUCUCCGUCUGAUCUCGACGUUACGGUCGUAAAGCAGAUCGAUCAGGUAUGAGACUGCUCUCCCAACGCCAAAAAAAAAGCAACCUAGAUGCGCAAAAUCUGAUUCCCGUUGACAAA